AUGUCGACGAGAAUAUAUCGUUUAUGGCAGCCCGGAAAUCCGAAAAUAAGAGUAUUUUUGCCCGAUUUUUGGAUAAAAAUAGUCGACCCCUACCCUGUCCGAUUGCCUAAACAUGUUGUUAAAUUCGAAGUUGACAAAAGGAUGACGAGACACGAUGUCAGAGAAUAUUUGGAGAAAAUAUAUAACCUCCCAGUUCGAGAAGUUCGCACCUUGAUAAAAGCUGGUCAAAUUACAUAUGAUUUUCCGCUCGAUAAAGAAAAGCGAAGAGCCUUGUGGAAAGAAGAUGACAGAAAAUAUGCAUACGUUUUUAUGAGGAAAGGAUUCGAAUUUCAACUUCCAAAUUUGUUCGAGAAGUGCGAGGAGCAAGAAAUGUGGGACAAGAUGAAACAGAAGAUGCCGGAUGUGACGAAUGCCGAAUAUAUCAAUCGCGAUCGUCAUGGCGUGGGAGAAUUCUUACCUUAA